AGAAAAUGCGUGUUAAUUCUUACAAAGCCGAGUUUUAACUCAAAUCUCAGUGAAAUGUCUGAAGUCUGCUAAAGUCUCCGUUGCCAGGAAAUAUUUUCGUUUCUCAACUUUGUAUGCUUCUGUGGUUUUGCAUGGCUCUUGAGCUUUUUCUGUGAUGUGUUCUGUGGUUGAAAAGCGUAUUUUGUUAAGUAGAUAAGAGGGAAGUAGAAGAAGAGAAGCGUAAGUAGUGUUUUUGUGUUUGAGUAGGAUUAAUUUAAUGGAACACAGUUUGGGUGAAGACUCUAUUCCUGGUUCUGGGUCUUUCGAUAAGUCUAGGGUUUUGAAUGUAAAACCUUUGAGGUCUCUUGUUCCGGUCUUUCCGUCUGCGCCGAAUGGUUCUUCGUUUUCGACCCCACAAGGCGGUGCUCCGUUUGUCUGCGCCACUCCAUCUGGCCCUUUUCCAAAUGGGGCAUGCCCAUUUUUUCCGUUUUUCACGUCGGAUUCUCAGAGACCGCCAGAACAAAAUACAAGUGCUGCAGCCAAUCAGGGUGGGCCUUUUGGAUUCAGCAAUCCGAUAUCGAAUGCAGUUCCGAUAAAUUCGUUUAGAACACCAACUCCCACAAGAGCUGGAAGAGCCCAGCAGCAUACGGGGGUUGCAAAUGGAGAUACUGGGUCUGGGUCGUCUAGAAGGGUUACCAGAAGCCGUGCUCAAACAGAAGAUGGGUAUAGCGAAAACCAGAAUCAGGUCUCAGAGUAUUACGGUACGGAUGGGACUGAAGUGGAAGAAAGAGGUAAGGUGGGGAGGCCAAAGCGCAAGGCACAAAAGCGGAUUAGCGGUGGUGGUGGCAAGCACGCAAAUGUUCCGAGUGAUGCUGACAUAGAUAUGGUAGUCGAUAAAAUACAAACAUCAUUUAAUGAUAAAUUCGGGCAAACUGAAGGCGACAGGGCAUCUGUUGAAUAUCUCACAAUGAUGUAUGAUUUGUUCCGUAGAAGGGUUUUACAAGCUGACGAUCUAAAAGAUGCAGUGCCAGGAUUGUCAAGACGGCCUGAUCUGAGGGCUGGUACACUGUUUCUGAAUAAGGGAAUUCGGGCAAAUAGCAAGAAGAGGAUUGGAACUGUCCCGGGUGUUGAAGUUGGGGAUAUUUUCUUCUUCCGAAUGGAGUUGUGCUUGGUUGGAUUACAUGCUCCUUCUAUGGCUGGAAUUGAUUACAUGGGCAUAAAAAACACUGGAGAGGAAGAGCCUCUUGCAGUGAGCAUUGUGUCAUCUGGUGGAUAUGAAGAUUAUGCUGAAGAUCCAGAUGUUCUCAUUUACAGUGGCCAAGGUGGUGUUAACAGGAGAGAUAAGGAACUUUCAGAUCAGAAGCUUGAAAGGGGUAACCUUGCCUUGGAAAAAAGUACGCAUAGGGCUAAUGAUGUAAGAGUUAUUCGGGGUGUUAAGGAUCUUUCAACUGUAUCUGGGAAGAUAUAUGUUUAUGAUGGUCUAUAUAGGAUUAAUGAAUCGUGGACUGAGAAAGCAAAGAAUGGUUGCAGUGUUUUUAAGUAUAAAUUGGUUAGAAUGCCUGGUCAGCCCGAAGCAUUUAGAAUAUGGAAAUCGAUUGAACAAUGGAAAGGAGGAGCUACUUCAAGGGUCGGUGUUAUCUUGCCGGAUCUUACUUCAGGGGAAGAAAAAUUGCCUGUUUCUUUGGUUAAUGAUGUAGAUGAUGAGAAAGGUCCUGCACACUUUACAUAUACCUCUAUUCUCAAGUAUUCCAAUCCAAUCAACUCAACAGUUCCUUCUUCUGGAUGCGUUUGCAUUGGUGGAUGUCUUUCUGGUAAUUCCAACUGCCCCUGUCUUGAAAAGAAUAAAGGUUCUCUCCCAUAUACUGCAAAUGGGCUUAUUGUGAGCCAAAAGUCCUUACUGCAUGAAUGUGGUGCUUCCUGUCAAUGCCCUCCUAAUUGCAAAAAUCGUGUGUCUCAAAGUGGCCUGAAAUUUCAUUUGGAGGUUUUCAAAACUAAGGACAGAGGUUGGGGUCUGAGAUCCUGGGAUCCCAUCCGUGCCGGAGCAUUUAUUUGUGAAUAUGCUGGGGAAGUUAUCAGUCCUUCUAAGAUUGAUAAGUUUGGGGUUGACACAGAUGAUGAUUACACAUUUGAUGCUACUCGUAAUUCUCAGCCACUGGGAGUUUUGCCUGGUGAGCCCGAUGAAGCUCCAAAAAUCCCAUUUCCUCUUGUCAUAAGUGCAAAGUAUGCUGGGAAUGUUGCACGAUUCAUGAACCACAGCUGUUCUCCAAAUGUACUCUGGCAGCCAAUUUCGCGUGAAAACAAAAAUGAGUCUGAUAUCCAUAUCGCGUUCUACGCAGUCAGACACAUCCCUCCUAUGACAGAAUUGACAUAUGAUUAUGGAAUAAUCUCCCAGGAUGAUGCAGACCAGAGGAAGAAGAAAUGUCUCUGCGGGUCGUCAAGGUGCAGAGGCUUCUUUUAUCAGUAGCUGUAAAAGUAUGUUUUGAUGAUGAUGGACCUUGCUAACUGGCCCUUUUGAAAAAGCUGGGAUGUGUAUUUGACAGCAAGGAAGAAGAGCUCACCAGUUACGUGUUAGCUGAGUUUAUCAUCUUUAAAAGUAUGUGAUUUUGCAAGUCUUCAGGAAUAUCUAGUUUGCACCAUUCUGACUAGUUUAUGGAUGCGCCGAACGUUCCCUGUUUCCCUUCAUCAGUGCACUAACAUUUUGUAGUUGUAACAUGAAUUUUACAGGGCCGGUUUAGUGUGUAAUUCGGUUUAGCUUCUUUUGUAUCAAUGGUGAAUUAUAUAUUUUAGGAGACUACUGAUGAUAUUUUACAAUCUGUCUUAAAAUUUCCCUUUUUAUCAAUUUUAAGCGUCAAAGCCUUUGACUGCUGCAUUAGCAGCAGAAGAGCUCCAAAAAGGCUUAGGCUUGAGUAGGGAUAGGUACUCCAAGAAUUCAUAUGUUUUCUUGUCGCACAAGGCACCUAUUGUGUUUUCUCAAGAGAUGGAUAGUCUCCGAGAAUACAAUACGAAAGGACCUUGACGGGCUUGAUCGGAUGAUUAAAUAGAUUCGGUUAGUGUUUGUCAUUUACUAUAAUUGGUGAUGUUAAG